AUGAGACGACAAAGAUCUAAUGAUGACAAUGAUAGCGAUACCGAUAACGGUAUGGAUGAUAGUGCCGUUUCAUUGGCUAUCCAUUGGGAUGAUAUGCUAUUAUGGCACAAGGUUAUUCGCUGA